AUGACCUACAUUUACCCCCUAGCAGCCAAGGUUCUCUCCGAAUUUGUUGGAACCACCCUCACCAUACUCUUUGGAGAGUCCAUCAUUGCAAAUGAGCUGCUUGCUAGCACCAAGGGACAUGGCAUGGGAUUUCUUGCGGUCGCCAUUGGAUUUGGUUUGGCCUUUGGGGUCAACAUAGCUUGGUUUGCUACCAUUAGUGCCCAUCUCAACCCUGCCAUGUUUUUCUUUUUGGCGCUCAUUGGAAAAGUGGAAUGGAAAGAAUUUCUGGCCUGCUCCUGUGCCAAUUUUGCAGGAGCCUUUGUGGGAGCCGUCCUGGUGGCCAUCUUCUUCAUGCCACAUUUUGGAUUCUCUAUUCCACUUCCUUCCAAUACCAGUGAUACCGCUACCUAUAUUGAAGGACCUGUCAGUAUGGAAACCAAUGCUGGAAGACUUGCCUCUGCAUUUGGACCAGCAUCAAGAAAGAGGGAAAGUGUAACCAUUGGUACUGAAAUUAGAUCCUUCUUCCACUUGCCCAAUGAUGAACAAUUCCUGCAAUUCCUGCAAGGCCACAACACAAACACACAAGUUGUGCCUGAAGAUGUCAGUCGCUUGGAAAAGAUGAAAAUGAGACAAUCAAGGCGCCAGUCGGUCACACUACAAACAGCACCUCCCACUCACUUGGAGUUCUUCAACCACCACUCUGUCAAUUUGGCCGAACUAGCACGUGCAAGGGAGCUCACAGAAGAUUGUACCAUUGAACCACUGCGUCAUUCUGUGCAAGUGGCUGGGCUCUUGCGUGCUCACGAUGCCAACAAUAAUGAUAUGCAGCCAAAGGAGGAGGACAUUGAGGCUGGCUCCACCCAUACCGCCCAAACUGACGAAUCAUUUCAAGUAGGAGUGCCAGCUCAGACCAAAGUCAGAUUCAACAGCGAAGUUGGAAUGCCAGCUCAGACCAAAGUCAGAUUCAAUGGAGAAAUUGAGGAUAUUAUGGAUGUGGAAACCCCAUCAAUGACGGAGGAUCCCAGCAACAACGACAUGGCUGCUGCAGAAGAGCAAGAAGACCCUGCCAUGAUGGCCUACAAGGCUGCCUUGCAGGCCGAUGCCAGUGCCAAGCUCUCCAUUUUUGCAACCCGACCUGCCAUCUACAACCGCCCUUGGAACUUUUUGCAGGAAGCGAUUGCCACAAUGGUCUUGGUGCUGGGUGCGGAAAUGUUCAAUUUGCGCAAGGAAUUUCAUACCGAACUCAGUGGUGCAACAUGGCAAGAUGGCUCCUUCUUCCAGUCCUUGUAUGUUGCUCUGUACAUUACCUUGUUGGUUCUUGGCUUGGGAGGAACCACUGGAUUGGCUGCCAAUCCAGCCCGUGAUCUUGGCCCACGCCUGGCCCAUUAUCUGUUGCCACUUCCCGGCAAAGGAUCGAGUGAAUGGCACUAUGGAUUGGUGGUUCCUCUCUGGGGACCCAUGUUUGGUGCGGCCAUGGGUGCUGGUAUCUUCAAGUUGAUGGAAGCCAUGUAUGAGAUGGUGGAAAUUGUUGGUGAAGAAGCCAACGAACUUUAA